AUGACCGCGUCCGCCUGCCAUCUGUGCCACAUCGCCUUCCACGAGCCCAUGGGACAGACUCUCGCUGUGGACCUGCAGCGUCGCUGUGGCUUCCAGCCCCUGGUGGCGCGGGAGAUAAACAGUUGGCUGUAGCUGGCCCUGAGCAGCGGCGAUGCUGUCGUUUUGGUAAAUGAGGGCACUGAGCCUCUGUACAGCCUGGACACGUGGCACGUGGUGCCUAGGGCCAUGAACCUGUGCUUUGACCUGGCGGACGUAGGUGUCACCGCCCGGAUGCUGGCUGCGGGAGGCUGCCGCGUGCCGGUGCCUACUCUUAGAGUGCAGUAUGCGCAGGGCGCCACCACCUAUACAGUGGUCAGCUCGCCCGCUGGCAAUCUCACCCUGACCCUACUGAGGUGUGCAGGAUACCGGGUCUUCCUCCUCUGCUUUGAGCCCGUGGGCUCAGUGCUGGGCCCUGGCUGGGUCAGCUACGUGGACCAUCUGACCUUGGCCUGCACCCCUGGCAGCUCCCCCACACUCUCACGCUGGUUCGAUGACUGCCUGGGUUUUUGCCACUUGUCCCUGAGCCCAGGUGAGGAUCCGGAGCUGGGCCUUGAAGUGGCAGCAGGGUCUGGGUUUGGGGUGCUGUGGCUCACUGCCCUGCAGACCCCAGCAGACAGUGUUGUUCCUGAGUCCUUGAAGGGGGCCACCCAGGGACAGAGCUAGGUGGAGUAGUUCCUGGUCUGGCAUAGGGGGCGGGGCCUGCAGCAUGUGGGGCUAGAUACGCCCAACAUCAUGGAGGCCACCAAGGGCGUGGUGUGGGCUGACAUACUGUCUUCCCCUAAGGCCUACUACCAGCAGCCAGGCAAGAGACAGAUCCAAACUACAGGGAAUGAGCCUAGCCUUCUGGCCCAACAGGGAAUCCUGCUAGAUGGUGAUAAAGGCAAGUUCCUGCUUCAGGUCUUCAUCAAGUCCCUUUUCGUUGAGGACAUCUUCCUCCUAGAGCUAAUUCAGAGGCAGAGGGCCACAGGCUUUGGCCAAGGCAACAUCAGGGACCUCUGGCAGUCCGUGCAGGAGCAAGCUGCCAGAAGUCAGGAAGCUUGA